AUGACUUAUGCAGAACUGCCCACCACAUCAUUAGAACUGGAACGUCAAGUCUCGUUAACAGAUAACCUUCCCUCUUGCGCCACCUCACCAGAUCUCGAAUUUCAACACUCGUCAACACAGGAGCUGCCACCUUACCCAACAUCCACCACCUCCCCCGGUCUCAACUAA